CUGCUUAUUAGAAUAAAUUGAGGACAAUGCAUACCACUGGCUGCCAAUUUUAAACAUAAGGGAUAUGUAUUCACUUAGCACUGACUUUUGGGAGGGGCCAAGGAAAGAGUGUAGUUCCAUGGACUAGGUUUGUGGGCUUAGACUGCCUGGGUGCCUCUUAUGCUGUACUACUGCCGGGAAACAGCCAGAGCCUCAUUAUCUAGACCUGUUUGAAAGCUGUUUCCGCUGCUGAGGUAUUGCCUACGCAGGGGAUAGAACCAUCCCUCUACAUUAAUCGCAGCCUCCAGUCUCUGGCACGUGACUAACUAGGUUUGAAGUGUCUACCCAGUUAGGUCUAUUCUGAUUUGGGGGGGUUAUCCAAGUUUGAGAAUACGCCAUGGACGACUUUGAACGUCGCAGAGAGCUCAGGAGGCAAAAACGAGAGGAGAUGCGGCUGGAAGCAGAGAGGUUAGCCUAUCAAAGAAACGAUGACGAUGAGGAAGAAGCUGCCAGAGAACGCCGCAGGCGGGCCCGUCAGGAGAGACUGAGGCAAAAGGAAGAGGAUGACUUCACAGGGCAAGCAAUAGAGAAGCCUGAAGUCAAUGCCCAAAACAACAUUGCAGAAGAAGAGACCAAAAGUACUACGACAACAAUUACCACAGUUACAAAUACUCAGGGUGAUGGGGAUGAUGAUGCUUUGUUCUUGGAGAGGCUGGCAAAGAGAGAAGAAAGGCGUCAGAAACGCCUUCAGGAAGCCCUGGAGCGCCAAAAGGAGUUUGACCCAACAGUUACUGUUGAGAGCCUGUCAUUCACAAGCAAAAAAGAGGUGAACAAUGUCGAAGAAAAUGUGAGCCCAGAGAAAGAUGACAAGGUGGACACUCACAGAAGACGUUAUGAGGUAGAGGAAACUGAAACCAUCACCAAAUCGUACCAGAGAAACAACUUGAGGCAGGAUGAAGUAGAUGAGAAGAAAGAUGAGGAAGACAAGGAAGAGCCACAAGAUGAGAAGCCAAAGCAAAGAACCAUAGAGGAUAAUCAGGUAGAAGUAACAUUAGAAAUGAAAACGGUAGACAGCGCAGAGGAAGCCUUGGUGGUAGAAGUGAAACAUCCUGAGGUAAAUGCAGAAGAGCAAAAAAUAGAGAAUGGCAUAAGUGCUCUAGCCGCUGAGGAGCAUACAGGGAGUGGAGAGGCCAUAAGUAUUACGGUAGCCUUAGAUCAAAAGACAGAUGCAGAAGAUGAAGCGGAAGCAGAAAAUAAAAAAUUAGAGGAGAAAGAAAGGCUAGAAAGAGAGGAAAUGGAGAGAGCUAGAGCAGAGGCGGAAAGGAGAGCAGAGGAGGAGAGAGAGAGGCUUGAAGCUGAGAAAAGGGCCACUGAGGAGAAAGAGAGGCUAGAGGCAGAAGAAAGGGAAAGGAUCAAAGCAGAGGAACAACGCAAAGCGGAGGAGGAGAGGAAGAGAAUUGAGGAGGAGAGGAAGAGAGUUGAGGAGGAGAAAAAGGCUGCCCAGGAGAAAGAGAGGCGUGAAGCUGAGGAGAGGGAACGGGUUAAGGCAGCUGAAGAGAAAAAAGCAGCUGAAGAGAGGGAGAGGGCAAAGGCAAAGGCAAAGGCAAAGACAAAGAGGGAGGCCGAGGAACGGGAGAGGGCUAAGAAGGCGGCCGAAGAAAAGGCUACGCUAGAAGAGGAAAGGUUAAAGGCAAAACAAAAGGCUGAGGAGACAAAGGUAGACCAGGUGAAAGGGAAAAAGGGAGAAGAGAAGAAAACAGAAGACAAGCAGGUAAAAGAGAAGAAAGUGCAAGAGGGAAAACCCCCAGCAGCUUCCCUAAGAAAACAGGGGGAAGAGAAAGAGGUUAAAGCGGAAGCUAAAAAGGAAAAGAUACAAGACGACAAACUCCGACCAGCCUUCAAAAAAGAGGAGCAGAUAAAAGACAGCAAGGUGAACAGAGACAAAACACCUAAAGAAGAGUCCAAGCCUGGCUGGGAUCGCAAGAAAGGAAUUCCUGACUCGAAGCCACAGAAUGGGGAGCGUUUCCCGGAAUUCUCUGCUCACAAACUUAAGCAUACAGAGAAUGCAUUUAGCCGCCCUGGCCUCAAAACCACCCCAGAUUCUGCAGAAGCCAAGCCGGUGUCCCAUGUGGAGGCUGGCAAACGGGUGGAGGAGCUGCGCCGUCGCCGAGGUGAAAAUGAGAGCGAAGAGUUUGAGAAGUUGAAGCAGAAGCAACAAGAGGCAGCUGUGGAACUGGAGGAGCUGAAAAAGAAGCGGGAAGGGCGCCGGAAGAUUCUGGAAGAAGAAGAGCAGAGGAAAAAGAAAGAAGAGGCAGAAAGAAAAGCACGGGAGGAGGAAGAGAAGAGGCGGCUGAAGGAAGAAAUCGAGAGGAGAAGGGCAGAGGCUGCCGAGAAACGCCAGAAGAUGCCCGAGGAAGUCCAGAGCGAUGAAAAGAAGCCGUUCAAGUGUUUCACCCCAAAGGGUUCCUCUCUCAAGAUAGAAGAACGUGCAGAGUUCUUGAACAAAUCUGCCCAGAAGAGUGGUAUGAAACCAACUCAUACAAACCCAGUUGUCUCCAAAAUAGACAGCAGGCUGGAGCAGUACACUAGUGCAAUUGAGGGCACUAAAGCCACAAAGGCCCUCAAGUCAGCAGCCUCUGACCUCCCAGUGCCUGCUGAGGGAGUUCGAAACAUCAAGAGCAUGUGGGAGAAAGGCAAUGUGUUCUCGUCACCUUCUGGCACGGGGGUGCCCAAUAAGGAAACAGCUGGACUAAAGGUCGGCGUCUCCAGUCGCAUCAACGAAUGGCUGACUAAGACCCCAGAAAACAGCAAAUCGCCAGCUCCAAAGCCAUCGGACUUAAAGCCUGGAGAUGUAUCCAGCAAACGCAACCUCUGGGAGAAGCAGUCAGUUGAAAAGGUCACUUCCCCCACAAAGGUCACAGCAGCAGGCAAAAAGUCAGAGACCAAUGCAGGUUUGAGACAAUUUGAAAAAGAAUCCUAAGAAAGUCACCAAUGAUGCUGGACCAACUUGGUUUUAAAAACGGAAGUGCUAAAUUUGUCCCUUUCCUUUUAUAUAUAUUUAUGUUUGUUUACCAAAAGGCCUUUUUUGGAGGGGGAGGGGGUUGGGUUUUUUUUGGUGCAUUAUCCCAGGUUUUUUUUUAAAAAAAAACACCAUGUAUAUUAGCACUGUAUUUAAUAAUCAGUUUUAAAACAUUCAUCCUAAUAGUAGUGCCUUCAAACAAGCGCCUUAUUCCUAAAAGAAAUCCAUGCUGUGAAACAAGAGACACUUCUACUGAUUAGUUCUAACAAAUUGUGUGUCCAAGCAAACCAGUGUUUACCCUGUGGAAGAGGAGCACCACCUACUGUGCACGCCUCCCACUUGGGGUCCCAUUUGAAGUGAAUGAAGCGUGCGCAGAAACAGGAUUGGAGGAUCACAGUCUGGGCCAUUCAAGAAAAAAAAAUGCCUGUGAUGAGUGGUUUUUAAAGGGAGAGGUAUAAACCACCUAUUUACCGCUGUCUCCUUACUGAACAUAAAAGAUUUGGCACAAUGCCCUGUUGGAAUCUCCCAUGGAUGCCCAUUGUAGUGCACGAUUUGUGCACCAUCCCUGCUUCACAACACUGAUGUCUUCACAUUCGAUGAGGUCACAUCACACUGAUGCUCUGUUGCAACAUUGCCUGAUCCUCCAUCACCAUUUGAUUUUUAAAAAUUAUUAUUAUUAUUAUUGGGAGCAGGUGGGAACGAUGCUUGGAUCCCCCAUAAAUUCUUCCCACUUCCACAGGAGAUGCCCCAGGUGGAUUGGGCUGGAUUUUUUUCUUUCUGCACUUUAGAUUGAGGCAUGGAAGAAACACCUUUAGCUGACAAUAUUUUUUCCCCUGGUUGUUGCCCGUGUCAAAUCUGCAUCAAGUUGAAACAUGUUUUGUACUUUUAAGUAUUGUUUUUCCUGUUUAGUUUAAGUUAAUAACCUACAUUUGGAUGAUUGCGGUUGACAGCGGUACUGAUAACUUCUCUCUCUUUUUUUGGUUACUUGCAAUUUUAGAAUAUAUACAUGUAGCUUUACAAAAUUUAGCUGUAAGGCACUACUAAGGGUAGAAAAGCUUUUUAAUACCUGCUAGAGUACUAUAUUUAGUUAUAAACUUACAUAACUAGCCAAUAUCACAACUUUUUAAAAAAAAGAAAAUACACACUUUUUAUAUUAAGAUUUCAUAAUUGCCAUUACGCAUAUGGCAAGAGAAAUACUAGAUUUUUUUAAAAAAAUAUCAGAUGCCUCUUAAUGGGUAAUUAAAAUUAUAGUUUUAAAAAGGGAGGGAAAAAGGGUAUUAAGUGUCAAAUGUAGGUCACUUGUAUAAAACAAUGUAGCUAAUUUAUAUAAAAACUACCAUAAUUAACACACGAGACAUGCACUCACACACACUGUUGGUGACACUUCUUUCUAACUUACUGCACACUACAUUUGCCCUAUAUCAGGUCUAUAUGCAUCUCAGAGUCUCUCUUAAAAUAGGCGCAACCCAACCAAUUGUGGGUGCAGCUACAUGCACAGGGCGUCCUCCCUCCCCCCCGGAACUCAGUCAGAUUUGCAGUGCCAUAGGAGAGGCCUGUGCACAAUCAGCACAAGGAUGAACACUGUGGGGUCAAGUGCCAGGUGGAUUGGGGGGAGGGGGAAGGCAGGGAGGGGUCCGUUGAACCCUGUGCUGACAUUCUUUCAGACAGAGCUGCAGCUGCACUGGGUGGGUUGGGGAGGGGGGAGAAGAGGGGGAUGCUCAUACCCCCUCAACUUUUUCUCCCAAGAUUUCUUAUUUACAGCCAUAUUAUUUGACUUGUAUAUUAACAACCACAAGGGUAAAACAGUUAGUUUUGAAUUUACAUAUCACACGAUGUUCAGCUUUUUUACACCAUAAAGUAGAUGGGUGGAGUAAAAUUGGCAACUCAGUUUAGUUUUAUUUAGAUUUUAUAGCCCACUCUCAGGCAAAUUAUAGAUUGAGAUGGUGUGGCACUAUCCAAAGGGCAGUUCCUCUGCUUCCCUAAAACCCUCUUGUUUACAUAACGAAUUUCACUUGGGCUUUCAGAAUAGAAUGAAAUCAUGCAGUGAAUGACGUUUGGAUCCGUCUGUUGUUUGGUUGUUGUUGUUUUUAAUACACUUUUUGGACUCAUGACAUUCAGUAUCUGCAAUAAAACCAGUAUGUUGAAUCUGCAAUUCACAAUAAAUGGAGUUUGUCUACCA